CCUGCGAUACAGAGAGGAACACAGAUCUGUACUCGCACUGGACCUUGAUCAUGAUGAACAAGAAAGAAAAUUAGGCACUUCAAGUUCAGAGCCAGAGAGGUGAAGACUGAAGGUGAUCCAUUCCUCUCUCCAUUAGGAUUAUCCUGCGGCCUCAGACUAGAUUGUAGGGUGUGUCCGUUCCGGACGCUGUAGCUUCUAUAGCUCAUCAAGAUUACGGUCUGCCUCCCCCAGCCCGCUGAGCGAAUACAAACGAACAUGGCCAUGCGAGGGCUCGUGUCGUACUGGAGUGUGGUGGCGUCUUGCCUGGCAGUAGCGAGUGUAUGCAAUGGGGCAGAGUGCCAUGGAAAGCCUAAUCCCAAUGCCAAGCCAAACAAUAACCCCAUAGACGUGAGUGAGCCAGUGUUUGUGAAGAGUGUUCCAAAUGGCAAGCUCUUUACUGUCGGAAGUGGAGAAGACAUGUUUCAUGUCGUCCAUGUUUACGGUGACCCCUAUCACAUGGGUUAUGCUCAUGGACAGUUGAUGGGAUCCACGGCUAAGAACUUCAUGGAUGAUGUCUGGCAGUACAUGGAGGAUCAGAUUGAGCAAGCUAUCAACCAAACAGUGCCAUACUUUCACGAUUGGUUCCUGAAGGAUGUAGCCAAUUUCGGGUUAGAUGCGGCGUUGGAUGCGGAGAUUUUAGCUACGGACGCAUUCUCUGGCUCAUACUUCGCGGAGGAAAUGAAAGGACUGGCUGCUGGCUGUGGCUCAGAGUUCAAGAAAAUUCAACGCAUUCACAUGAUCGGGGAGUUGACGAAGGGUGACUGUUCCAUGUUUGGCGCAUGGGGACGGGCAACAGCCAGUACCAAUGGCGGACUCUUGCAGCUCAGAGCUCUAGACUGGAAUGUUGACGGACCCUUCAAGAACUAUCCCCAGGUGACAGUCUACCACCCGCCUGCUGAUGGAUCUCUUGGACAUGCGUUUGCCAACAUUGGCUGGACUGGCUGGGUCGGCUCUAUUACCGGUUUCUCAUCGGUUGACAUGGCAAUGUCUGAGAUUGGUGUGACGUAUCCGGACGACACAUUCGGCAAGGAUUCUAGAUUUGGAGUGCCGUUCACGUAUAUAAUCCGUGACAUUCUCCAGUUCGAUAAGACAUUGGAGCACGCCAUGCAGCGCAUCAAUGGAUCUCGACGUACCUGCUCGCUGCUGCUGGGCAUUGGGGAUGGAAAGAUCAACCAGUUCCGCGGUGUGGAGUACUCAGCAUCCGUAGCCAACUUCUUCACAGACACAAACUUGGAGCCGACGGCCACAUGGCAUCCGCGCAUCAACGACACAGUGUACUGGGGUAUGGACUGGCUAUGCCCGGGCUACAGUCAGGUGCUGGCGGAGAGACUGCAGACUUUCCAUGGCAAGCUGACAUCGGAGGUCACCAUCCAUCAGAUCUUGCCAGUUGUUCAAACCGGAGACCUACACGUUGCUGUGUAUGACCUGGCCAAGCGUGAAGUCUACGUUGCCAAUGCUCGAGGUGGACAGGAGACCGGACCUCAAUACGCUUAUGACAGAACGUUUGUCCGUCUGGACAUGGAGACCCUAUUCAGCGAGAAGGCCCCUACAACCAGCAUUUAACCUAAUAUUUUCCUUUGAUUCUUACUUUAUGCGGGUUUCACGCGAUUGACUUUGCGAAUAAACCCGUUCUCAGCAUCUAACCUAUUGCGUAUCUGGUCAGUAUCUGCCUGAAAGAGCGACAGUGAACAACUCAUUACCUUAUAAUACCAGGCUAGCAUUAAUUCCUGACAUUUGAUACCAAGCCAGCCAGGCUUUAUGGGAUCAAGCCUUCCCUGCUGUCCGGCACUAAAGUAUAAUGUUUAGCGUGAUGUCUCAGUAUCUACUAGUACUUACUGGUAUUCUUACUACCGGGUAGAACUCUCCUUCUCUCUACUUUCCAGGUGAAUCUAGUCGUGUAUCUACCCCAACUGUUUGAGACCGUUUACAUAGAAAUUUCCAGAUUUUGGAUGUGCUUCAAGGCGCUUUGCUUUACGCUGAUGACGCCCGAUUUUGUCAAAUUUGACUCUUGCUUAUGGUUUUUUCUUUGAAAGACAAUGAAAUAGAACUCUCUCUCUCUCUCUCUCUCUCUCUCUGUCUCUCUCUCUCUCUCUCUCUCUCUCUCUCUCUCUCUCUCUCUCUCUCUCUCUCUCUCUCUCUCUCUCUCUCUAUUCCUAUUAUACAUGUAGAUUGAUCAUAGAAAUUCUGCACUGAUACAAAAUGGAAGUCUAACAUUUUGCUGUGAACGGUAUUUUACUUCUCGGCUGGGUUGACAGCUACGCCAAACUUGAUUUGGUCGUGGACUUACCGCUCGACUAUAGCGAGGGUCACUAGUUCGAGUUUUGUUUGGAGUGUGCAUUUUUCAUCUACCUUUCCCUUUUCACAUUUCUCCAAUUAAUGCUACCAUUACUGCACCUGCACAUUGAUUAAGUUAAAUAGCCCAGUGAAUGGGACAUGUCCAAUAAUUCUCCGACUUACAUGUGCAGGUGACUUCUUUGCUGUUGAUUCGUCAUGUUCACUUCAUGCAUGUAAUAAUGAUUGCCCAAGUCACGUUUCAA